CCGAUUGGAGCGUCAAUGAAGCCCUCGCGCGGUCUCGACACCUCUUAUAAACCCCCAGAGCGCAGUAAGCGAGGAUACAGCCUGACUGCAGGGACUGGAGCGACAAGUGGCUGCGGGAAAACAACACCAAUGUGUCGGAGCGGGCAGAGGAUGAUGAUGCUGCCGCCUUGCUUACUUGUGGCGUGCUUGCUGCUUGGAUUCGGCCGGGCCGCCUUGUCUUGGACCGGGGAGACCCCGCUGCUGCAGCCUGGGAAUGCGACUCCCAAUCUCGACUCCUUCCACACUAACGUCCCAAGCGAGGGUGAUGACGGCGGCGAGACAGCCUCCACCGGCCCGGCUCUUAAACCGGAGGAUCCCGGAUUAAUCUGCUACGAGGAUAGAAUGACACUCAAGCUACCCGGCACUGGCGUGAAGGCGCUCCGUGUGCGAGUGAAGAAUCGCCUCCUUCCAGUGGCGAGCCUGGCCGGGUUUUGCAAGUACAGCGUGACGUUUAGUGGGGGCUACAGCUUGUUCACGACGUCAUUCAAGGGCUGCAACGUGAAGAUACAGGCAAGUUGCUUCAACUCCUUUCUAUUGUGGGUUUGGAGAAUUCAGAGACUCUGGAUCCGACAGGAUGCUCCUCAAUCACUAGAAAUAAUUUAAUGAAUAAAUAAAUGC